UUCAAUAGUUUGAUGUAUUUUCUCUUGGAAUAUAACGCAUUCAUUUGCAAACAACGUAUCGAGAGGAGUAAACAUUUAAGGAAAGCUAUUUCUUGAACAUGAAUGCAUUAGUGUUGUGUGUUCUUUUUGUAAGUGUUUUAUGUAUAGGUGAGUGCUGUAGUUGCGCUGUAAGUCCCGAUUCGGUUCCGGGCUGUGGAUCAGAUUUCAUAAUCGAGGCCAAAGUGAAAAGUGAACUUCGAGAUCUGGCGGAUCACGAAGAUUUUAACGGUUUCUACUAUAAGAUUAAGAAACCAAGCUAUGCAAAUAUAUACAAGUUCAAUUACCUGGGCGACGUUACAUCGGCGAACAAAGCGAGAGUAUACACAAGUGGGAGUACCGCAGCGUGCGGCGUCCAUUUAGAAGAGGGAAAGACGUACAUCCUGUCAGGGAGUGUCAAUAGAGAAAAGCAGCGCAUGGAAAUCAACUUGUGUUCUUCUUGGGUGGAGGAGAAGAGUCAAAUCAGUCCAGAGUCUCAGCAGCUGUUGAUGCAGUUUAAACAAGGAACCGUAGUGUGCCCGAAACAAAAUUAGGCGAAAACGAUGACAUACAUAUGAACAUGCUUUGCUAACUUAAUUGUACUGUGCUGAACCUUGUACAAUGCACAUGUCUUAGUAAACGCAAGAAAACACAAAUUGUGUCUUCUCGUUAACCAUGUCAUGCAUCAAGGUUUAAUAACGGAAUGAUGGGUUGAUUCAUAAUUUAAAUCUUGCACGAAUGCUUACCUGUAUGAAAACAAAAUGGCGAAAAGUAUGAUUUCAGCGAACGUCACCUUUUGAACCGUAUACAUGUUGUUGAAUUGCUGUAAUGAAAAAGCGCACGAAAGUUUAAAUAUACCUUUAGGGCAUUAAGUGUACAAGUCACGGAUGUAAUAAAAUAAUACACGCGUAUAAAAAUAAACACGUAAAUCAGAAUGAAUAAUUAGAUGCGGUAAUAUAUGUACAAUGUAAUUAUAGUGAAAUUAUUGUUGCAUUUAACAUGACAAUAAUGCGUCACAACACAGGGUCUGCUAAGAUUUAUAACAUUAAGCAUUAAAGAGAGGUAAGAUG